CCUUGCGGCAGAACACGUGCAGUUGUGUCAGCUGCCAGUGCGGUCUCAGCGCGUUACCGCGACGGCGUGGUCAGGCAGAAUGUUUACAAACGUCGAUGUCCGUGGCGUGGCACGAGGACGCUGUUCUCGCGACAAGUGCGAAUGCGACGGCUUUUCGCGCUCCCACACAGAAGUAAACGUCGGCGGAAGCGAGGUAGUCCAGUGCGGCUGGUGUUGCUACUGCGGACAUUCGCCAGUCUGUCACACUCGCGUUGGUGCAAACGUCCUUGGACAGGAGGAAAUUGUUUCAGUCAGCUGGCAGGCUGCCCGGCCACCAUCGCUUGACCUGUCGGUGUGUCGGGGCUGGGACGGUAACAUGUUGCAACCAGCACAGGCCCUGAUCGACGAUGAUGUCAUUUUGGUGGAAUCGGAGGACGAGAAGCCUGCCUUACCGAAUGAACACCAACUAGAGCAGCGCAAGGCAGCACAGCCCCUGAUCGAUGAUGAUGUCAUUUUGGUGGAAUUGGAAGACGAGAAGCCUGCCUUACCGAAUGAACACCAAGUAGAGCAGUGCAAGGAUGAUCCCUCUUUGGGUGCUUCCGCUUCAAGCAGUGAUCUUCUGCAGCGGGUUGAGCAGCUCAAAUGGGAGAAUGAUCAGCUAAAGGAGCAUCUCGCCGAUAGAAAAUUCCUUUCUGAAUCAAUUUCCAAGGUGAUUGAAUUGGGGAAGAGCCUUGAGCAACUGCUACCCGAACGAGAGAACAGGGACCAGAACAAUCCCAGGGACAGCGGCGUGGCAAGUGCAGACGACAGCAAACUGCCGCUUGAACAAGAGGACAGUCCUGUGAGCUUUUCAAGAAAGGGCCGGAGGAACGUUCCACGGAAGGGUCAACGAAAGGGUCUUCGGAAGGGUCUCGGGAGGAAUCCCAGAAUGAGUGGAAGCAGCAGCACACUGGACAGCGGCGUAUGUAACGACUCGUCCAUGGUGGAUAUCGGUAAUGGCGUCUUGGUGGAGGAAAAGCAACUGGGCGAGCUUUUCAAGUCCCACACCACCAGUGCAACCAAGUUUGGCCGCAGCCUCCUUCGCAUAGUCUUCACUCCAGAUGAACUACAAGGAAAGUGCCUUUUGGGGAGGAACAGCAAAGGAUCCGCCAAGCAGCCACUGGACCACAUCCGUGUGAGAGCUGUCAUAGACUAUACCUGCUCCAAGUUUGGUGUAAACAAGCAACGCUUGAGGUCAAGCCUUUCCGCCAUGAUGUAUUACUGUCAAACUGGAAUAAGUCGACCUCCAUCAUUUCGUUGACGUCCGCGUCAGCUCGGAAAAUUUGUUUAGCAUCCGCAAGUGUGGUUGCCGAGUAUUUGGGCUAGUUGCAAGCGAUCUGUGAUUCAUUUCUCACUGAAUUACCCUGAAGUUUUCUAACUCAUUGUGAUGCAUUGCAAUAUAGCAUGACUUUUGUUGUUUUGCUUCAUUCUCACAACCAUUUAAAAUAUUUUUUUUUAAAUACAGUACUCAUUGAAUACCCAAGUGAUUUCAUCACAAUGUGAUUUUUGUAUGCCAAAGAAAUUUUAAUAAAUGUCAAGCUGUGAUAUCAACAAAGAUUUAUAAGAAGUGCAAUAUGCCAGUUUUCUAUGCACCAUUUUUAUGCUUAUUUCUUGCUCUACCUUGGGUUUUUAAUAUUGUGCUUGGUUUCUUCUUAAUUUAUUCAAGGCUUUGGAGGAAGUAUGGCCCAAUUUAACAGUAUGUGGUUUCUGUGGCUGACACUUAUAUUUCCAGCAUCAUUGUUGAUCUCAUUUUUGAGUAGCUUACAUGUGGUUGUGAUCAUUGUUCAUCAGCUUAUAAUUUGGUUCAAGCUUUUUAUGACAAAACAAUGACAUGGCUGACAUGCUUUUAUGGUACCAUUUGGAGCUUUAGUGGGCACGACUGUAAGGGGAGCACAAAUUUUGACAAUGACAAGUAUGCUAAUAGUUUUAAAAGCCUGCCCGUAUACAUAUUGUGAUUUACAAGCUACUACGAGCCUAUCAGAAACGUAAAUGUGAGAAAAUGUCGGUGGUGCCAUCAUGAGAAAUAGAGGAAGCAGAGGUGUUAUUUUAAUGACGAGCUGUAUUUUAAUUAGCUGAAGUUGUGAAGAGUCGGCAUUUGCAUCACCAAGAACAUGCAUUCCUUUUAUUUUCCUUUGAUGAGAACACUUGUGCAGCACAAGUGUUUCUAAUAUGUGAUUGUACAAAGCCCCUGCUAGCAACAUAAGGUGUUGCUAGCAGUGCUGCUUGUACUGUGCACUUUUCUGGUAUUCUGAAAACAGUAAGAGUUGUGACAUGCUAAAACUCUCUACUGAUGGCGUCUAUGUGCUGCUAUUUGGACGCCACUCUGAUUAUUGCUGUUUUUUUUUUUACUUGACAUUUUGUAGCCUGCUGCAUGUUUUGUUUUGUGUAUAUUUGUGUCGUUCUGUUCAGUGAUCCAGAUUCCACUGCACAUUGGUACUUCAAUAUUCCACCACAAGCUUUUCUAUAGUGUUGCUGUCACACUGUUUGUAAUAGCUAUCGUACUGCUUCUGCAUACUUUGUGGUGCAGACGUAGUUGUACAAAUAUAAUUGGUGUAGUAAUAGUUCUACCGUCCAACACAAAUUAGUUAUCUAUCAGUUGGUCAUUGGGACUUGCAGCAGGCGCUGUUGUGCAACAGCUGGCAGCACAUAGCUUAGGAUCUACAUUGUCUGAGUGAACCUGUGUCGUUUCAGAACAGUGAAAAUACUAUAAAGUCGCAGUAUGGUGGCUUGGUGCCUGGGGCUGUAUCCCUGCAUGGCCACUUUUGCGUGAUUGGCAUCGGAUGCAUGAGCAUCUGCGAACGACCACCUUGGCACGAUGGCAAGCACACUGCAUCGCAUCGCAGUGCUGGGAGAGCUGUCAACUGUAGACAUCGACACUUCCGGUGCUAAUUGACCGAAAGUAUUGCCAUCUGGCAGUACAAAGAAUAAAAGUACGAGCUACAA